AUGAAGCGCAAGCUUGAAGCGCAAGUUGAUGUUGAAGUUGAAUCGCAACCGCUCAACUUCUGGAAGAAGCAGCUUCGUUCGAAGCUCCCUCGCCGCCGCCGACGACAGAUCUUUCCGAUAAUUCAAAAUUAUUCUACAAUUUCGAACAAUAUUUCGGAGUUCAGAGCAGUAAGUGAAGUCUCGUACGAUUCUAGCGAAGUCUCAGUUAACCCAAAGAAGCCUUUGCGUAAAUCUGAAAAUGAAGCCGGAGAUGAGUAUCGGAGAUUUACAAGAUCUUAUUACAGGAAUAAAGUGGAAAAUGAGAGUAGAAAGUAUGAUGAGUUGGAGUUACAGGAGAGUUCAUGCGUUGAAUCGUCUUCUGGAGCUGUUGUGUUUGAAAGUUCUAGGAAAAAAGGGUUGAAGUUGAAGAGAAAAAAUAUACAGAGUGAGGAUUCGGAGGCAAUUACCAUAUCGGAAGUUUCUAGUGUUCCUCAGUUUUCAUUUCUCAAGGAAGUGAAGAAAAAUUAUAAUUCUGUUGAAAUUACUCAAGACGAGGCCACUUCAAAAAUGUCUAACAUUCAAUUUUUUUCUGGUGAUUUGUCCACGAAAGUGUUGAGUCGUGGAGCUGAGAAAUCUGAGGUUUCACUUGAAAACGAUGUCGUUUCAUUGAACUCUGUGGAAAAUUCAAUCAAAAUCAAUGGAAACGGAGCAGGAAAGAACGAUGGCGUUGUCUCGGAGGUUUCAGCCAACUGCUGCGAGUCAGGUGCUAGCAAGAGUAUUCUGGAAGACGCUGCACCUGACAUUAAUUUGGCUUGCUCGGAGCAUUUCUCGAGCUGCAGCUUUCUGGAUGGUGAAGAAGAGAACCAGAAGUCGUCGGAUAUUUUCACGGAGACUUCCGGUAUGGAGUUCGAAUAUUCAGAUGAUACACCGUUGUUUUCUUUCGAUUCUGGAAGUCAAUUUUCAGAAAAGUCAAUUGAAGAUGAGAGUACUUCGCCUAUGUUUCAUUUGUUCAAGCAGUUUAAACAACAGUUCCGCAGAUCAACGUUUGCCAUCGAUAGUACUUCUAAAACCUGUGAAAAAUAUGAUUCUCGCGACGCUUUACUUGGACUUGAACAAAAAGAAGAUGAAGAGAGCUACAGGAUGCUGAGGGAAAGAGAGAGGCGGCAAGUGUAUCUGUUCGACUAUGCAGAGGAAUACUGUUCAAUCACUGACUAUGGCCAUCUUGUCAUUCAGCAACGCCUACAGAUGGUUCAUUGGAUUGUUGAGCAUGCUACAAAUAAGGAGCUUCAGAAAGAGACAAUGUUCUUAGGUGUCAGCCUUCUUGAUCGAUUUCUAUGUAAAGGGUACUUCACAAACAAGAGGAAUCUUCAGAUCGUUGGCAUUGCCUGCCUCACGCUAGCUAUCAGGAUUGAAGAAAAUCAGCCUUCCAACUGCGUGCGUAGGAAGACAUUCAAUGUAGGAAGUACUGCAUAUGGCAGAAGUGAAGUGGUGGCUAUGGAGUGGCUGGUGCAGGAAGUCCUUAACUUCAAAUGCUUCCUACCCACCUAUUACAAUUUUCUAUGGUUCUACCUCACUGCUGCAAGAGCAAAUGAGCAAGUGAAGAGGACGGCCAGAUACCUAGCAAUACUUGCACUGCUGGGCCAUCAACAACUAUGUUUUUGGCCCUCAACUGUUGCAGCUGGCCUAGCCAUCCUUGCUUCUGUUGCAACAAAUCAAGAUGCAUCCUGCCGCCUGCUUACAGAGUCUCACGCAAUACAGAUGGACAAUGAUUUACCUGAAUGCAUAAAGAGCUUGGAAUGGUUAGUGAAGUACAUACACUAG